CCACAGGCCUCGCCCAGGUGACAGGUGGUCGGGGCCGAGCCGCCCACCCCGUGCGGGUGCAUGGCCUGCUCUCUGCUGUCCCCUGUUUUUGCCUCCUCCCAAACCCUGUCCCGGGGCGGAACCAAAGAAAGGUCAGGCCAGGCUGCGCCGCCUAUCUUCGUCCUGGGGCAGUCCCCGUGAGUGGCUCACUUUUAGAACUGACUUUAGCCACGUGUAGCUCCCAUGGCUGCGUUGCAGGCCCCGGGGGAGAAGAUUAACAUCCAGGCAGGAGAGACGACCAAGGUCGGGGACAGGGAGCCGCUGGGGGACGACUGGCCCGAGCAGGACCGGCUUCCUCAGCGUUCCUGGAGACAGAAGUGCGCCUCCUAUGUGUUGGCGCUGAGGCCUUGGAGCUUCAGUGCCUCACUCACCCCUGUGGCCCUGGGCAGUGCCUUGGCCUACAGAUCCCAGGGUGUCCUGGAUCCCAGGCUGUUGGUGGGUUGUGCAGUGGCUGUCCUGGCUGUGCACGGGGCCGGCAAUUUGGUCAACACUUACUAUGACUUUUCCAAGGGCAUUGAUCACAAAAAGAGUGAUGACAGGACUCUGGUGGACCGAAUCUUGGAGCCCCAGGAUGUAGUACGAUUUGGAGUCUUCCUCUACACCUUGGGCUGUGUCUGUGCCGCUUGCCUCUACUACCUGUCCACUCUGAAACUGGAGCACUUGGCUCUCAUCUACUUUGGAGGCCUGUCUGGCUCCUUUCUCUACACAGGAGGAAUUGGAUUCAAGUAUGUGGCACUGGGAGACCUCAUCAUCCUCAUCACUUUCGGCCCUCUGGCUGUGAUGUUCGCCUACGCUGUCCAGGUGGGGUCCUUGGCCAUUUUCCCUCUAGUCUAUGCCAUCCCUCUGGCCCUCAGCACGGAGGCCAUUCUCCACUCCAACAACACCAGGGACAUGGAGUCUGACCAGGAGGCAGGCAUCGUCACACUGGCCAUCCUCAUUGGGCCCACCUUCUCCUAUGUGCUCUACAACACGCUGCUCUUUCUGCCCUACCUGAUCUUCAGCAUCCUGGCCACGCACUGCAGCAUCAGCCUGGCGCUGCCCCUGCUCACCAUCCCCAUGGCCUUCUCCCUUGAGAGGCAGUUCCGCAGCCAGGCUUUCAACAAGCUGCCUCAGAGGACAGCCAAGCUCAACCUCCUGCUGGGGCUCUUCUACGUCUUUGGCAUCAUCCUGGCACCAGCGGGCAGUCUGCCCAGGCUCUGAGGGGACAUGUGGCUCCCACCACAGCGUGAGCAGCCCCUCCUUAGAAUGUGCAGAAGCUGAGACUGCGAAGGGAUGUGAUCACCAGGGUGGGUGUUCAGCAUCUCAGCAUGGGCUGCCAGCGCCUGCCCCCAUGUGUUAGGGUUAUCUUGAUAAAGAUAAUCUGCGUGUGAUUUGUUUCCCAUGUUAUGGGGAGCCCUGAAACCACUCUAGUGUCCGAAGAUGAAUUGGGCCUACUGUCCUUGUGUUACUUAUAAUCUCCACUAGAGGGUGUUGUCAGGCCACUUUUGGAUGGAAGGGCCUUCUCCCCUUGUUCUAAACAGAACGCCCUAAUAAUUUGUGAAGGAGCUGUGUCCCAGAAGAACCACAGUGAUGAUGCACAGUACUGCCCUGUUAGCUUGGCACAUAGGAGAUGGUAAUAAUUGGUGCCAGGUCCCAUUAACAUGGAGCACCUGUCCCUGAAUGUGCUGCCUGCUAGAGAAAGUCCCUCAUUAACAACCAUGUGGCUCCCGGCUCUUUGCCUAGCGGUGGGUGGUUCAGACAACUCUGCCCUUCAUCUCUCCUUUCACUCAUCGCCAUUGUGUGGAGAGUGUCAGCUCACCCUGCAGCAAGACAGGCAAGCCUGGGGCGGCUGGGCAAGCACUCUGCUCUCAGUACAACAUGCCGCCGGGCCGCUUCCCUCUGUAGAACCCACUAGGACGGCACUAAUUAUUGGGACCUGAAGUGGGAGUGGGCUGGGCAUUUAAAGCCCACAGGCCUUGUCCCCUCCAAGCUGCCUCCCCGGUCUACUCUUGCCUGCCCUGCAUCCGUUUCCCAGUCCCCAGACUGUGGGCGACAGUAACACAUGAGUCAAGUACACUUGUCCCCAUCCACAGAGCUGCAGCACGGACAAAGAAAGGGUCUGUUGACUGUGCAAACCAAUGGGCAGGAGUCCUGGCCCCACUCAGCCAGAGCCAGCAGCCCCGCCUGUGAAAGAUCCAUGAAUUGUGGGUCCCUCCUCUCCGUGUCUCACGCCCUCCUGUGUGCACUUGGAAGUGUAGCAUCUGCACUGAGAUGAAAGCACCUCAUUGUGCUGGUCUGUGAUCAGCUGACCUGCAGGGCACUGCAGGGUUUUAUCCUGCCGAAAACAACCUUGAGUUGGCACUGGGUCACUUUCUUGGGAAAAACAUAUUUUAAAAUUUCCUAGAGUUCCUUUGCAGUCAGGGUGGUUUGUCUAAAAGAGAGCCAGGGUUCCUGAGCUGGGAUGGGGUCCAGGAAUCUGGAAAGGAGAGCUCCUUUCCUGUUCUUCCCAGCAUGCCAGGUCUGUGGCAUUUGGUGCUGUUGAGGGUCCUGCCUUUGAAAAAACACCUCUGACCCCUGCUUGGGGCUGACCACUGUCACCUGGAGGACCAGUGGCUCUCACUGUCCAGGCCUGACGUGGCUACCCUCCUCAGAAUUGUGUCAGCUGCUACACCAUGCUCUGCUACAGAUUUUAAUGCCUAUUUUUAUAUAUGAUCCCCAGAGGCCAUAUUUGGUACCACAUUUUAUAUACAGGCCACUAUAAUUUAUAUUACGUCUCCUGAUUUAAUGAAGGUUUCCUGUAGAUUUGUUAAUUAAAAUAUGAGAAAACAUCCA